UCGCGCUCGCGCUGCCGCCCGACUGCUGCUGCGGCCGAGCCGAGCCCUGCCCCGCCCCGCCACCUUUGUCCCAGUUCCGAGCGGCGCCGGCGGGGGCGGGGGCGGGCACAGCCGCGCUCGGGGGGGCGUCCUGCGCCCCCGCCGGGUGUGAAAUGAGGACACCCCCAAUAAAAACCACCGCCUCAUCUAGCUGCUCCUGACAGGCUCUCCCACCCCAACCCUGGUAGGCAAGCUGAGGACGUGCGGGAUGGACUGUCAGGUGGGCGGAAAGCUGGCUGCAUCAGAGGGUCAGCCCUGGAGCCCGUCUUGUUCCAUGUCUUCAUCAGGACCUGGAAGAUGGCAGAGCGCCCUCAGCAAGUCUGCAGGUGACACCCAGCUGCGGGGAGCAGUAGAUACACAGGAGGGUAGAGCCAGGACUCAGUGACCUAGACAAACUGGAGGAUUGGGCCAAAAGAAACAUCAUGAGGUUCAAACAAAGACAAGUGCAAAGUCCUGCACUUAGGACAAAACGAUCCCAUCCACCAGAACAGGCUGGGGACUACCUGGCUGGACAGCAGCUCUACAGAAAAGGUCCUGGGAAUUACUGCAGUGGAUAACAAGCUGAAUAGGAGCCAGCAGUUGUUGCAAAGGCAGCGAAUGGCCUCCUGGGCUGCAGUGCGGUGUGUUUGUCAGCAGAUGAAGGGAAGUGAUUCUUCCCAUCCAUUCAGCGCUGACAACUCCAAAAGACCACAAUAGAUUUCUGGAGUCGGAAAGGACCUGGUAGAUCAUUGGGUCUGACCCCCUGCUCCAGGCAGGAAAGAGCGCUGGGGUUGGUAACCCCAGCCAGAUGCCUAUCUAAUCUCCUCUUGAACAUCUCCAAGGUUUUUUGGUUCUUUCUGAAGAUCUGAACAUCUAGUUUUCCAGUCAUCUGGGUCUCUCCAGGUUUCCUGUCUGCUGUUUUCAGAUGCAAAACCGAACUUCUGUGACAGCAAAGAUGAUUUGGAGGAAUUAAAGAAGUGUUCCAAUUUAAGGAUAGGUUGCUGCUUGCAGGAUGCCAGAUGCCACAAAAGGGCAUGAGUGCGCCACAUAUCCCAGCUCUAUAGUUUCCACAUUGGGAGAGUUCUUCAUCAAGCUGCUGCAAUUUCCUGUGUUCCUCAGGAGAGGUUUUUUGGUUCUUUCUGAAGAUCUGAACAACCCAUUUUCCAGUUAUCCGAGUCUCUCCAGGCUUCCUGUCUGCUGUUUUCAGCAUGGAGAAGCUUGUUAUGUGUCUGCACAGAAGGCCUGAUGCAGUAUACAGGCUGAUUUGCUUUCCCUGGGCUGGAGGGGGAGCUUUCCAUUUUGCUCAAUGGAGCUCACUCUUCAACAGUUCAAUAGAAGUGUACUCUUUAAGGUUUCCUGGAAGAGAAUCUCGUGUGAAAGAUCCUUGUGCACAAGACAUGACAACUCUAGUUAGUGAUAUUGUUAGUAGUUUGUUAAAAGAGCUGCAAGAAAAACCUUUUGCAUUUUUUGGUCACAGUUUUGGAUCUUAUGUUAGUUUUGCAACUGCAGUACACUUAAAAGAGAAGUAUGGUCUACAACCAGUACAUCUUUUCAUGUCAGGAGCAUAUGCACCACAUUCAAAAAGUCGUCCUUCUGUCCCACCUUUAAAGGAUGUAUCUGAUGAGGAACUUUUUUCAUGGAUAAAUUCUCUUGGAGGUGUUCCUCCUGAGUGGCUUCAGAGAGAGGAUGCUGUGAAACUCUUGAUUCCUCCAGUAAGAACAGAUCUUGAAGUUUUCCAGACAUUUGUUUGUGCAGAACCAAAAAAUGUUCUCUCUUGUGACCUAACAUGCUUUGAUGGGUCUGAAGAUUUGACACAUGAUUUAGAAGAAUGGAAGGAUGUAACAAGUGGCGAGACCACUAUUCACGAACUUCCUGGAGGCCACUUUUUUCUGCUGGAACCUUCUAAUGAAACUUUCAUAAUAGAUUAUAUAACAAAAUGCAUAGAAAAUGCUGAUUUCUGAAUAUUCACCUUUAUUUUUUUGUGGGGAGGGUAUAAGCUUGGUCCAAGGGAAUAAAUAAUAAGGAACCUUUCCUAUGUAAUUGCACAAUUGAGAUGACAAGAUAAGAAACUUGCUGUAGUUUAAUGGCUAAGUUUAUUAAUAUUGUAUUAUAUAUGGCAAAAGAUUUUUCCAGGAUUUCAUUUAAGGCAAUUGUUAGAAAAAGAGAAGGAAGGAAACUUUCUAAUUCUUAAAAGCAGGCAGUCCACAAGCCACUUGGAUUUUCUGUGCGACAAGCAGACCAGGAUUUGAGGAUGGUAAGAAGCUAGCAGGCAAAAAGCAACCCAAAGAUGGUUUCUUCAGCAUCAGUAGUUUCCUAGCUUCCCUCUAACUUAGGAACCUGGCCCAAGCAAUCAUUUGGGUCUCACUUCCAGUUAAAAUGUAGCAUUCUUAUGCCAACUAAUAUAGCUUUCUUAUAUCUAUCUCCAUGACUGAAAUAGAAGCAGAAUUACUUGUGCUAGUCAAGCUACAGUAUAUUGAACUAAUUUCUUAGGUCAUAUUUUCUUUAAAUCUAUCCUCUUUGAGACCUCAUUAGUUACUACUAUACAGGGCAUUGAAAAAUGCUUGCUUUAUUUUAUUUGUGUUGUUGUUAUUAGAAUCCCACUUUAUCCCAUAACCUCUCGGGGUGGGGGGGAAUGACGGUUAAAAAUGCUAUCUUCAGAAUUCGCUCAAAGAGUAGGAAACUGGAUGUAAUACUUCUGCCCCCUAAAAAAUAUAUAUAUAUAUGACAGGUGAAAUCUCUAAACCAAUCUAAUUGGUAACUUUAUUCAAAAUAAGCAUACUCGGUAUCUGAGAAGUUCCAUACAUAUGUCAAUCACUUCUUACAGUUAAAUAAUUCAUGCUUAGUAAAUCAUGGUGUCAAACUAAAUGUGAAAACAUUAUUGCAUUUUUUCCUCAAAAUAGUUAGUUCAUUAGCUUCUGAGGAGUUAUUGGUUUUUGUUUUUGUUUUUUUUUCUGGAAAUUAUCUGGAAUAUUCUAGAUCCCAUAUUUUUCUAUCAUCUCUUUUGCUUUAGAGAUGUAGGCAUUCAUGGCAUCUUCCUUUGAUAAACCUGCAAUGGAAAGUAGCAGUCAUUACAUCUCCUUAUUUGGUAUUCUAUAAAAGCAAUGAAAAUAGUAGAAACUUAAAUACUAUAACACCACCUUUUUUAAGGUUCCAUGCUUCCCAUUUGGCUUUGCCUUUUAAGUCUAGCACUCCUGGACACUCUGCCAAAAGAAACAGAUAAAUAAACUUGUUGUCACUAUGCAAUCUCACCUAAAGAUUGUUGAAUAGCUUUAAAGUUACAGAAUUAAAUAUGCUAAACUGAAUAUGCACAGAGAAAAAUACCAAUAUUAAUGUCUCCAACAGUAGACUGUUUGUAGAGUCCAUAUAGCUCCUUCAGUUCUUCAUCACUUGGUCUUGUUUUUAAUUUUUUUACCUCUUCUGCAGCACUGUCAAAGUCAGCCUGAUAAGAAGAAAGAAAAAUCAAAACAAUACAGACUUAGACAUUUUGUCCCUCAACUUGCAUGCUUCAAGUGCUCAGUAUAACAUACAUGUACUGGCUGUUUCCACAUUGUCACUGAUGCCAAAAUUAAUAAAUCAGGAAUAUGACCAGCUUGGUUAAUAAAUCAACUCUGUUAAAAGAA